AUGCGUUCCCUAGCAACGCAUCCUUGGCGGCCAAAUCUCGCGCUCGAUGCACUCCCAGGUCCGACCACGCUGCAUGGUCAAACAGCCCCUUCAGCACUUCGUUCGACACCUCAUACCCCGUACAAUCCGCUAUUUGGACGCCGAGAUACUCUUCUGUCAUACACUACCACAUCUAUACACAUACACACAAUGGUGAGUAACACGCUGGAUUUGUUUACUGCAGAGGGAAGCGGGGAGUGAGUGGUUGCUGCGCAUUCGCUGGUUGGCUGCCGCUGCCGGUCAACAAGCAAGGAACAAAAGCGGCAGCGACACAAACAGACCCCUUUCAGGUUCCUUUUGUUGGCGCUCUGUUACACGACGUCCAAACACACAUCUACCUGCUCGGCGCACGCACUCGACCGCGGCUCUUAAACAGAAACAUAUGCACAACGAGCCGUCAACAAGGAGCUGAAACAAAAGAACACAAUGAAUAACCACGACCACCAGGCCUCCACCAACUACCGCGAAGCAUUCCAGCUCUUCGACAAGCGCGGCAACGGACGCGUCGACCGCGGAUCUCUGGGCGACUUGCUGCGCGCCUGUGGGCAGAACCCUACCCUCGCCGAGAUUACGGAUCUCGAGCGCGGUGUAGGCACCGACUUCGACUUCGACACCUUCUCCAAGAUCCUCAACCGCCCCGGCGGCUUCCGCGAACCCUUCGACAUUGAAGAAUACAUCCGCGGGUUCCAGGUCUUCGACAAGGACCGGUCAGGCUUCGUCGGCAAGGGCCAGAUCAAGUACAUUCUGACAAACUUGGGCGAGAAGAUGACCGAGGAGGAGGUCGACGAGCUGUUCAAGAGCACAAUCGACGCAAGCAACGACGAAGUCGACUACAGGGAAUUCGUCAAGACGAUUGCAGAGAACUAG